AUGGUUUCUGGCUACAAGCACGGCGACACGCCCAAAAGGGCCAUGGUACGCGGUACCAUCUCGUAUCUCGAGUCGCAAGGCCUGCCCGUGAACAAGUCGGCCAUCUUUAGACACUUUGAGCUCUCGCGCUCCCAAGGCUAUGCCGCGUUAAGCAUCCCUGCUUCGAAAAGGAACAAUCCAGAAUGGGAAGAGACGCGCGGGCGCCCGAACAAGAUCAGCGAAGCGGACCAGCACAAGAUGGAGCAGAUUCUCUGGGACGAACGGUAUGAAGAGGUCAACCUCAACUGGAACGGCCUCGCCAAGGAGGCCGGGUUAGAAACCGACUGCAAUGCUCGCACGCUCCAUCGCACCAUGGGCACCCUCGGCUAUCGCCGCUGUCUAGGAUGCAGCCGCUCUUGGGUUCACAAAAAGACGCGGGAGAAGCGGGUGGAGUAUGCGGAGCGUAUGCUCGAGGUCUACCCACAACCACACAACUGGCGUUUCAUUCGCUUCAGUGGCGAGCUUCAUUUUGGUUUCGGCCUCGAUGGCAAGAUGAGGCUUCUGCCACGCCCUGGCGAGAAGUACUGUGAGGGAUGCAAAGAUCAGCCACCGGCUGAUUGGGGCCGCGACAUUAGGAGAGUGCACUGCUGGGCAGCGAUUGGGUAUGGAUUCAAAAGCGAGUUGGUCUUCUAUGAUGACCAGACCAAUCCCAACCACACGGGUGUCAUGUCCAUGGCAGACUACACGGGCAAAGUCCUCGACCGUGUCGUUAAGCCAUGGCUCGACCUCAGCGGCACGAACCAGUUCAUUCUUGAGGAGGACAUUGAAGCUUUUGCCCACGGCGGCGCGAGCAAGUCCAACAUGGCCCAAGAGUGGAAGGCCGCGCAUGAACUGAAGUGUUACUUUAACUGCCUCGACAGCCCAGACCUCAAUCCCCUUGACACACAAUGGCCACCUCACAAGCAGUGGACUGUUGAACCCCUCACGGACUGGAGCGACGCGAAGCUGAGACAGGCGGCACGGGACGCUUGGGCGAGCCUUGAUCAGGAGAGGGUGAACAUGUGGGUGGACUUUAUGCCGCAGCGGCUGAGGCAGGUGAUCGACAGCCAGGGACGAAUGGUGCCUUGGUGA